AGAGAAAGACGUGUAUGCCUUACUUUUGAUGCGAUAUUUUCUUCCUGCUUGAGAGUUAGGACUGCAGAUCGUCAUAAUUCAGUUAUAGUGACAACCCACUGACUUGUCUUACUGUCGCUGAUCUAUGAUUCGUUUUAGUUCUACAUUUGUGAAGUGUCCUCCUCUUCAUUUGGACUUAAGCUAGCUGACUUCUAUAAGUGUAUGGAUUAGUGUUGCCCGUUUAACAAAAAAAACACUUAAUCUAACAACAUAAAACUGGUUGAGGACAUAACUAAGACAUGGUGAUAUUUCGGAUAGUUGCUGUACUCUGCCUGGCGCGAUCAUGUAUGGCAGUAACGGUAAAAAUAAAUGGAACAGAUGUUGACUGCAGUCUUAACUGUGUGUGUUGUAAAGGUCAAUGUGGACAUAAACAAACAAUUGGAGACAACUAUUGUUUUGAUGGCUGUGUUGACACCAUAUUCGGCCAUAGAUGUCAUAAUCCCUGUCCUGGUAACUGCUUUACGUGUGGACAAGCUGAAGGCAGACCAUGUAACUCAUGCAAGGACACAUUCUAUGAUACAGACAAUAAUUGUAACAAGAAAUGUUCAGUAGGCUGUGAGGAUGAUAAAUGUAAUAAUGAUGGAACUUGUAGUCAAUGUAAAGCAAAUUUUGAAGGAAAUGCAUGCGAAACAUGCAUACAAGGACAAUAUGGUGUUGACUGUGCAAAAACAUGCCUGCAUCAAAACUGCCGAUGUACAUAUCAUGAUGGUUGUGAGUCGUGUAAAACGGGAUUCUACGGAAGAAACACCCUCUGCCAAACAACAUGUUCCAAAGGAUGUCUGGUUGAUGUUUGUAAUGACAACGGAACUUGUAGUCAGUGUAAAGCAAAUUUCGAAGGAAAUACAUGCGAAACAUGCAUACAAGGACAAUAUGGUGUAGACUGUGCAGAAACAUGCCUGCAUCAAAACUGCCGAUGUACUUAUCAUGAUGGUUGUGAGUCGUGUAAAACGGGAUUCUACGGAAAAAACACCUCUUGUCAAACAACAUGUUCCAAAGGAUGUCUGAAUGGUGUUUGUAAUGGCAACGGAACUUGUAAGUGUCGCCAAGAGUUCACUGGUUCGUCUUGCACGGAAUGUAUUGCUGGCAAUUAUGGAGAGGACUGUAACAUGAAUUGUUCAGACGGAUGCACUGUUAGAAAUUGUACGAGAAAUGGGACGUGCUAUCAAUGUAAAGCCGGAUCUUAUGGGGAACAAUGCAACGAUAUGUGUUCUGUAGGGUGCGGUAAUGGAGUUUGUAUGAGAAACGGAGAAUGCACGUGCAAGGUUAACUUUAAUGGUACUAAAUGUGACAUGUGUAAAGAUGGGAAGUACGGGAAUGAUUGUCAACAACAAUGCAGUAUUGGAUGUUCUUUGUCCUCAUGCAACAGAAGCGACGGAUCUUGUGAUUGCUUUCCUAACUUUACCGGCGUUAAAUGUGAUCAAUGUGUAGACGGAUUUUACGGACAAUCAUGUAGCUUCAAUUGCUCACGUACAUGUAUUGGUGGGAUAUGUUCAAUGUCUAAUGGUAGUUGCACAAACGGUUGUAACAAUGGCUAUUCGGAUAAUAGUUGCUCAGUCCCUUGCAAUUCAACCUGCCUGAGUUGUGAACAAAAUAAUGAGAAUAAUUGUAUUCUAUGUAACAAUGGAAACAGUGGAUCGACCUGCAAGUGCCUUUCAAAUUGCGAGUGUAAUUAUGGCAGUGACAAAUGCAAUUAUUGUUUAAACGGAUACAAAAAACCCGCAAAUAAAUGCAAAUGUCAUAAUUCAUAUUGCUCUUCUGACACAACAAGCAUAUCCGAUACUUGUGAUCGAUGUAUGAACGAAUCCUUUUACGUCGAUAAUGAUUCAUGCUGUGAAUGCCCUGAAACUUGCAAGGACGGAUUAUGCUCAACGGGACCGCUAUGCAAAGAGGGGUGCAUUGACGGAUUUUAUAGCCAAUCAUGUUCAAUGAAAUGCACAUACAUUGAUAAUAAGUGUCUAAAAUGUAACCAGACUACUGGUAGAUGUUCAAAAUGCGAAAAAGGUUUUUAUCCAGAAAAUAAUGAAAGCAAAUGCAUUUCCUGCCAAUUUAAUUGCAAAGAUAAAGAGUGCAGCUCUGAAUCUGGAAAAUGUAGCAAUGGUUGUGGCGGACACUUUUGGGGAGACAUGUGUAACCUUCCAUGCCAUUAUAAUUGCAACACAUGUCAACAAGAAUCGGGAAUCUGUGAUUCAUGUAAGGACUCAACUGUCCACGGUUUGUAUUGCAACGAAUCAUGUAGCAAAUCGUGUUUGGAAAACAAAUGUGAACGAAAUACUAGCUAUUGUUCCAAUGGUUGCACGGGACAUUUUUAUGGGGAUUUAUGCGAGACGAAAUGCCCUGGAAACUGUCGAUUAAGUGGAACAGAAUCAAGUUGUGAUGACAACGGCAUUUGUAAAUUUAACUGCGUUGAUGGCUACGAAGGCGAUAACUGCACAAGUAAAGUAAUACAAGUAAAAACGGAAGCGGCAUCAGCCGGGCCUCCAGUGGGAGCUAUUGCUGGAGGUGUUAGUGGUGGCGUUGUUAUUAUCAUUAGCGUCGUGGUUGCAUUCUUCUUUCUUCGACAAAGAUCUAUAAGGCGGCCUGCUUCGAACGAAAACAAAAUAAAUGCUAAUACAACACUCCUGGAAAACAUUAACGACGAAAAAGCAAAAGAGUCAACAACAAAUGAACGGACAUACUACAACGAGGGACAGAUCAUGAGGGAAUCCACAAAGCCAAAUACAACUGGUACCCAGCCGCUAGCAAACAAACCCACGUCCGACAAAAAGCAUGCAUCUGCACAUGGGGUGACUACAUCAGAAAAAGACAUAAAUCUUAAGAUAGAUGAAGAAAACUUCGGAGUUCUUGAGGGUUCUUCCAGAAAAGAUCAGACGUACUACAACGAACCUGAAUCAUCAGCUAAAAUGUCAAAAAUACUAAUUGGUCAACUCGUCAAGUAUGUGGAUGAAAAAACACAUGACGCAUUUAGCGAAGAAUUUGAGAAGUUUUCUCGUGGUCUUGUUAAGCCAUAUGUGGAAUCCCAAAAGAGGGAGAACAUCAGUAAGAAUCGGUACAAAGGAAUUUAUCCAUACGAUGACUCCAGAGUAAAGAUCACGGUCAGUGGCGGCUCAGACUACAUAAACUCCAGCUUUAUUGACGGCUAUAAAAGGCCGAAGCAGUAUAUAGCCACAUUAGGUCCAAUGUCCCAGCAAUUAGGAGAUUUCAGCUUGUUUUGGAAAAUGAUUUGGCAACAAAGGGUUGAGAAGAUUGUCAUGGUUACCAACCUCAUUGAACAGGGAUCCCAUAAAUGCGAGCAAUAUUGGCCAGACCCUGGGACAUCUAAGGCGUAUGGUGAAAUACAGGUCAAGAGCCGCUCGGAGGAUGAAUAUGCUGAGUUUACCAGAAGGACUUUCACGGUGACGACGGGGACCGAAGAAAGAGCGCUGCACCAUCUGCACUUCACGUGUUGGCCUGACAAAGCGGUACCUGACGAUGUUACUGCAAUGAUAGAGUUCAGACAGCGGGUUCUGAGUACGCCGAGUACACUGAAUGGUCCAACGGUUGUGCAUUGCAGCGCUGGUGUCGGAAGAACAGGCACCUACAUUGCUCUGGAUAUCCUUACGACAGAAGGUGAAACUGAGAAAGCUAUUGACAUCUCCGGGUGUGUCCACAAAAUGCGUCAGAAUAGGCCGAAUAUGGUUCAGACACUGAAUCAGUAUCAGUUUCUGCACACAGCCUUGGUUUAUUCACUUACCUUCGACUGCAAACAAAUCAAGGGAGAAAACUUCAACCAGUACAUGAACAAACACACAACACAAGAACUUAUUACUCAGUUCAAAAAACUUCAGCAUACGGUCGAGACACGAUCUAAAGAUGAAAUAGAAGCGGUAGAGCGAAACAGACAGCACCUGAAUAAAAACAGAGCAAACGCCGAUAUCCCGGGUAACGAAAACAGACCAAGACUUUAUCUAAAUCUAAAACCAGGAGCGUCAGACUACAUCAAUGCUGUGUAUAUCCAUAGCUUCAGAAUCAAGAAACGCUACCUUGUAGCCCAGACUCCACUUCCAGAGACAGUUCUCGACUUUUUGACGCUCGUUGUCCAAGAGAGGUGCUCAUGUAUCGUCAGCUUCGAAGCUGAUAUGGACAAACAAAAGAAUAUCGGUAUAUAUUACCCAGCGGCAAACCAAGACGUUUUGAAGAAGGGAGUAUUUGAUGUCAGCUGCUCAAGAGAAGACAAGAAAAAUUUCUACGCAGAAAGAACAUUGCAAAUACAGCACAAAGGGUCCGGAACGCCCACUGAUAGAACCAUUCAACAUCUUCAGUUUACCGACUGGGACGAAAUGAUGAACAUUCCAAGAUCAACUUCAAACUUUCUGUCAUUUCUGAAUGUGAUAGAAAAUGUCACGAACAAGCAAGAUGACGGUCCAAUAUUGGUCCAUUGCUUUGAUGGAGCGGGAAAGAGUGGUCUGUUCUGUGUGGUUUCGCUGCUCCUCCACAAGAUGGCGGUGGAACAUGAAGUCAGUGUACUUAACGCUAUUAGGAAGGUCAGAACCACGCGGAGGCUUGCGAUUCCCAAUCAGGAACAGUUUGUGUUCUGCCAUGAAUGCGUUUCGGAGUAUAUUAGUUCGUUCGACGUAUACGCCAACUUCAAUGAAGAAACACGGAGACCUUAAUGUGUUGUCAGUCGACUGUAAAACUGGAGAUACCUUUGAAAACAUACAUUGUACAUAUGUAUAUUCAGCGCGGUAUAUUGUGCAUACAAUAAUACAAAUACAUAGUAUUAUAUGCGAUUUUAUGCAAGACGUUAGAUGUAAAUCAAAUUGUAUUUUAUCCCUUUAUUCACAUUAAUUGUUAUUAAGGACAUUCUUUUUUAUCCUCUGAUCAACAAAAUACACCCUUACCCUAUUAAAUUCUGUAAUGUGUAAAGUGUAUUGUCGACCAAUAACAUUCACUUGUGUUAACUCUGAACUUUUAAAAACGUGUAUAUGAUAAUGUUUAUGAAAUGUGAUGAUUCAAGUGAGUUUCAUUUAAGACAAGAGACCAUCCAUUACCGUUGCAUCAGUUUGUAAAGUAUUUAGUGUGUUUGAUGUUAAUGUUGUAUUUACUUUAUUUUGACCGGAUUUACGUAGAUGAACAUUCACAUCUGUGUUACCAAAUGCCCUUCAAAGCGCAGCAGAAUUAAAUUCCAUUUACAUCGGAAACAUAAGAAUGCUUUGAACGAUCUUAAUACACGCAUGUAUUGUAAUGUUCACAUAUUUACAGAAAUUUAUGAAUGCAUUUACAGUCAACCUCAAUAUCAAAUACGAUAUGAUAUGAUAAACGUGUGUGUAGGUUGAACAACAUUCUCGUCAACAAUUUGUUGCUUGAUUGAUAGCUUUAGAUUCAUGAUUUUAUCUUCAUAGCAAUCGUGGAUAUUUCAUAAAAAAUAACAACAGACCUAUUGUAUAUAUCUACAUUUUUAUAUUAUAUAACGAAUGUUUGAUGUUUAUUCAUGUGGUUCUGGUAAUAUUGUACUUUAUAAAUAUGUUAUACUUUUAUUUUUUCUAAAAUAAAAGGUAAGAGCUG